AUGCGUUACAUCACGCUCUUUACCUCGGUGGCCGUCUCCUCGUUCACGGCUGGGACAGUUGUUGCGGCCUCCGUUCUCCAUCCCGCGGCGCUCAACGUCACGGGCCCGUACCAGUUCGCCAACACGAGCGCUGCUCUCGUCGGUGCGGGAGAUGUUGGGCAAGACAUGGUCGCCUCCAGUCAUGUUGCCGGUCCCGAUGGUGGUUUUGCAAUUGCUUCCGAGACACCAGUGCCCGUCGUCAUCUACGAAGCAGAAGCCGAAGACUUCUAUAUAAGUGUUACGGACGUCUCGCCUGUCCAGCAAGCUACGUCGGCGAAUACUUGUCCAGCGCCUACCUUCACUUACGGCCAAGUCGUUACGAACCCCGCGCAAACGAUCACUUCGGCCACUACAACUCACCUCCUCGCCUCCUCUACCUGUCUUGCCGGUACACUCACCUACUACAUCCAGACCUCCUCCGCCGUCGCUGCACUCCCAUACUCCGAGCUCACCGCCGCAACCCACACCCUCACAGUUACCGAGUUCAUUGAUGAACGCGUCGUCGCUACGGGGGUAUGGGAGGUCAGUCCGAGUACGGUCACGGUCGUGAAGACAGUCGAGGGAACUGGUGUGUUUGAGAUGGGCAAGGGAAAGACGUACACGAUGAGCGAGAGUGGGGAAGUGGCGUAUUGUAGUGAGAGCACGGUUGAAAUCACCGAGACGGUGAAGCCAACGAAGACUGUGACGAUUACGAGUUGGGUCACCAUCUCCUCGUCUGUUCCGAGUCAGUCUUGGGCGUGGUUCGAGAGUGACGAGGUCGAGGCUUUGUGUGCAUCUCUUGUUGGUACCGCGACGAGGGAUGUGACGAUGACCUCCACCUCCACCACAUUCGUUCAAAACUUCGUUACGAGCACGUAUGACUUGUUCAAUACGACCACCUACCCCGUCGCCCUCAACAAGACAGCUAUCGCUUUCUUCACGUCCACGAAUGUGGUGCCGGCGUACGCCACUGUCAACACAUCCAGUGUCUACAACAUCUCCGUCCCGAGCACCGCCCAAACGUCAACGACAAGCACCUUGAUAGACGUGUCAGACGUGACCGAGACGCCGUAUACCACAACGACCGAAGCAGUCCCUACCACGAGCACCACCGUCACGACUUCAGCCGUAACGUCGACUUCUACGACUUUUGUCUAUCUGCCAAAGCGCGCAAACGGUGUUGUGGGUGCGUUCGAUGCAGCCUUGGAGGAGAACGAGAAUCGUGUCGUCGAGAUGUGUCUCGCAAAGUUCGGCCGUUCCACGGUGACGCUUAGCCACGCUGCCACCGAAGUACAGAGUGUACUGGAGAAGAAUGGCACAGUGAUCAGCACCCGUACCUCCGUCAUCUCCGCACCGGUCCUCGUACCCACCGUCAUCACUACAACCACGCUCCCCAUCACAGAACAAGUCACGUCGACAUCCACGGUGACGGACGUCAUUGCUGUUCCCUCCACAGUCACCUACAUCGACGGGACCUCCACCCUCAUCUCCGUCACCACCGUCUCCUCUACAAUGACAUUGACAGCACCCGCAAUCGUCGUGACGGAGUCUACGCCUACUGUGGUUGGUACACAGACGCAAACGGUCACGACGACGACAACGGUAGUGUUUGCGACGUGUGCCGCGCCUGGACAACCCUGCGAUUUGUACAAUCCAGGUGCCUGCUGUAAUCUUAUUUGUUUCCGCCAGGGACUGAACUCUUUCUGUGGUUAG